AUGUGGGCUUCUGUUACCGGCGGUGGUCUACGAUUUCUACGCUACCACCGUGUUUCUCUUCCUCCUGUUCCCUUCGUCUCCUCUUCUUCUCCUCCGAUUACGAUUUUUCGUGCCCUAGCUCGGAUGGACUCGGCAAAAUAUACAGCCGGUGGCUCUUCUUUCACUGCUUCUGCUCAUUCAAGUGGAAGUGGUGGUCGAGGAAGAGGUUUCGAACUGAAAGAUAAUCGCGAAAGAUCGAGAGGCCGUGGCGGUGGUUCGGGCAAAGACAAAAUUGAUGCUCUUGGGAGACUUCUAACACGGAUUUUGCGGCACCAGGCUUCUGAGUUGAACUUGAAUUUGAGGAGUGAUGGCUAUGUUAAGGUUGAAGAUCUAUUAAAGCUCGAUUUGAAAACAUUUGCCAACAUUCCACUGAGGUCACACACAAUUGGUGAUAUUAGAGAGGCUGUCAGAAAAGACAAUAAACAGAGGUUUAGCCUGUUGGGAGAGAAUGGGAACCUUUUGAUACGUGCAAACCAGGGACACUCAGUAACGGCGGUUGAAACUGAAAGAUUAUUAAAACCUAUACUAUCAGCUGAAGAAGUACCUGUCUGUGUACAUGGGACCUACAGGAAGAAUUUGGAAUCAAUUCUGGAGCAUGGUCUUAAAUGCAUGAAUAGAUUGCAUGUCCACUUCUCAUGUGGGUUGCCAACAGAGGGUGAAGUGGUUAGUGGAGUGACGGAGCUGAGUUUUGUCUCAGCUCCAUUGGUUGGGGACUUGAAUAUUGACCUGUUCAUUUGGCACGACAAAAUGGUACAUCCUAGUUUAAAAAGGAAACUGUUCUGUAUUAGACGGGAUGUUAACGUCUUGAUAUUUCUCGAUGUCAGAAAAGCUUUGGAAGAGAGUAUGAGGCUUUAUAUUUCAGACAACAAGGUGAUCUUGACUGAAGGUUUUGAUGGUGUUGUGCCAGUAACGUUCUUUGAGAAGAUCGAGUCAUGGCCAGAUAGACGACCCAUACUAUUUUAG